UUGAGUUUUUAAGAAGACAGCUCAUGUGACAAAAUCUGUGUAACUCUAAAAAAUCCCAUCGUGACAAUGCUGUGAUCAGAUAUACUGUCAAAAAUGUCUUCUGAAAAGUUUGAACGUGCAGAAGAAGAGUUUCAAACAGUAUAUGAUGAUCUGAGGCUAAAAGUUGGAGAGAGAAUUGGCCGGAGUGUAGGAGAGGAAAGAAAACGGUUAAUACGUGAAGUGGAGAGAGGAUUUGAAGAUGAGAAUGUUUUGCUCCAAGAAAUGGAAAGGGAGGCCAAGAUGGCACCCAUAUCAUACCGAACAGACAUGAUGGGAAGGCUGAGGAACUACAGGAGAAACCUUGAUCAGUUAUCCAGGGAUCUGAAAAGAAAUACCAGUGGUUUUGGAAGCAGAGAUGACUUUGGAGGGAGAAAUGAAUUAGAUGCAAUGGCUGCCUCCCAGAGGGCCAAGCUAGUACAAGGCACUGAAUCCCUCCAAAGAGGCACAGAGAGCAUAGCGCGGUCACACAGGAUAGCAGCAGAGACGGACCAGAUAGCAGAGGAUACUGUUGGGGAGCUAGCCAAUCAGAGAGAGGCUUUGCUUCGAACAAGAGAUAGGCUUGUUGAUACACAACAAAAUUUAACAAAAAGCAGAAGCAUUCUGAAAAGUAUGGGAAGAAGGGUGAUGACAAACAAGAUGAUAUUAGUUGUGAUAAUUCUAGUGGAGCUGGCUAUUCUAGCAGGAGUCAUAUACUGGAAAUUUUUCAUGAAAAAGAAAUCCAGUUAGCUAGAAUAUCAAUUAAACUACAUAAAAAGUGUAUAUUACACCUUUAUAGUUUUCCAAGGGAGGAGAAUGGGAAUGGUGCACAUAAAGACACUUUUGUCCUCAGAUUUUAGCUAACUAUAAUAACAUUAUGGUGUGGAUAUCUAUCAUUACCAAAUAAGAAAAAUGAGUAAACCUUUGUUAAAGACAUUGCAAUAUUGUGCAGGUGUUUUUUUCAAUGUUUUUUUUCCUUACCACUGCUCAUGUUGCUGAGAUACAGGACCAUACAGUAAGACAUUAUUUAUUUAUUCUGAAUGUAGUAUAUAAGAAUGACUGCAGGUUAAUGUACUGUGUACUUUCAGAUGAAAAUAGUCCAUUUGCAUUUUAGAUGGGUUUGGGAUGAGACAGAAAAUUUUGAAUCCCAAGUGCGAGUUCCGGUGUAAAAGACUGGAAGAUUAAAGGACAGACUAAAUUUAGUUUUAAGGAGAGAGUAAUUUAGGAGAAAACACUGUGUGCACUGAUGAAAGAUAAUGCCCUUAUAGUCUCUUUUAUAGACUGAGAAGAAUUGUAGUCUUAAAUUUUUCCUGAAAUCUGCUUUAUCCCUUUGAAAAUUUAUAAAGUCACAAUUUUCUUCCCCAGCUGGGAAAAAUAUUGUGCCGUUUCUCAACAAACACAAUGGGAUAAUUAUAAUUUUAUGUAGUGCAAUAUGUGGACCUAUUUCACAAAAAGUUCUUGUUCUAUGCUUUGACUACUAAAAUAAGUUAACUACAGCAAAUCUAAUUUGUCAUCAUCCUCACUAUGUGAAUACUUCUGAUAUCUACGUGAUGAUGAUGACAUAAUCAACUUUACAUACCCUUAGCAAAAUGACAAGUUUGCAGCAAGGAGUUUGCAAGAAAAAUUUGUAUUGCUGCUCAUUUGCAGCAAAUUUGCGAGAAGUUUUCACCGGGCAUGAUAUUUUGCUAAGGGUAGUCAGAUAUCUAAUUUUAGCUUAUUUUAUAUUUAGAGUAGUGAUAUGGAUCUUAGGAGUUUUUGAGAAUGAUUGGCCCUCAAUAAAUGUAUUUCACAUAUCUAAAUGGGCUAUUAUUACCAGUGUAGUGAGAGUAACAUCUUAAAUCUAGGCAAUCACAGUUUGCUGAAGAGUCUUAGUAAAAUGACCAAAAGCAGUUUGUGGGUGACUAGAUUCUUUGUAAAAUGCCACUUUAUCAGUCUUGGCAGGAAAAAAUUUCAGCCCAAAAUUGACUACUUACUUUUUGUGAAAAGUGCUCCAGGUCACUUAAUUGUGUAAUUUCAGGAUAUGAAGAUGCAUAAAUAAGUGGAAAGUAUCAUUACAUUGGCAACAUAUUGAUUAAUAUAGAAAAGGGCUGUACUGAAUUUUACUGAUUGUUGAAACUAACAUAAAAAUUCAUCAUAUUGAUGUUGCUAAAUACUGGAGGAUGUCAUUCAAUCCUCAUGCAUUUGUCCUUUUGCGUAAUCUUCAAUUCAAUGCAUAUGAUAUUUAAAGAUACAUAUGUGAAACUUGUGGCCAACUUAGUCUUCAAAAUGUAUUGGAACUGCAUUUUAUUU